UUGAAUGUGAACCACACUAUACCCCCCAGAUAUAUUUUUGAUGCUUUCUGCCCAGUUGACACGAGGUAUUGAAUCUCAGAUCAGAGAUUUAUUGCUGCACAUCUAACCGGUCUUCGAAGGAGAAGACAUCUAGAACAUAACAUCGAUGUUGUGUUGAAUUUUAAAAGCUUUUGCACUGAAGUCGAUACCAGCUGGCGCCAGUAGACGAGCGUGCUAAUAGCACUGAGGCUGUCUGGAAUACAUACAGCUCCAUUCCGGCCACGACGUGCGGGCUAACAUUGAUCGUUCAUAAUUCAUUGCAAAGAGGAUCAGGUGACGAUGGCAGGAAAGAGAGCUCCGUCCUGUCACCUGACUUUUGACGACCACAAGAAAGGUGACAUCCUGAUGCACGACGUGCACGUGCCCGGUCACGGGGUCACAAUGUACACUUAUUACUGCUGCAUGCAGUGGAACCCAUGUCUGAACGGCGGAGGGUACUGUGGGAUCCAAGAGCAUCCAAACGGUCGGUGCUACAUCUUCUCCAUCUGGGACCCACAGACAACAAAGGAAGCCAUUACACACGUGUAUAAACACCCUGGAACUAAGGUGGAAAACUUUGGUGGAGAGGGUACGGGAUUGAAGUCCAUGAACUUCGACAUUGGCUGGAAAGAAGACCAAUGGUUCACGCUGGUCACAAGAAGGUGGGACUUCAGAGGGCAUUCGUACUUCGGGUUUUGGGUCCGGAACCAUUCCUGCGACAAGUGGGAGCAUGUGGUUACCAUGGAUUUCCCGGUUCCGGGUAUCUGGUUCCAGACAAGGACGAAAUCUUUCAUUGAAGAUUGGAGAGGCAAUGGGGAAAAAUACAGGCGAGUCCAUUUUCAGAAUGGAUACAAGAGAGGAGAAGACCAAACCUGGCACCCCUUUGCCAAUGCCAAGUUCCACGUCGUGCAGGAAAAGGCAUGCGAAAUGUACAACCACAACUACGACGGAGGGCGUCACUGUGACGGCUUCUUCAUGCAGACGGGGUGCGGAACGACUCCGUGUGCGGAGCUGGUUCAAUGUCGUGACGUCUGCGGGGGUAAAGUGGCAGCGCCAGAGCCCUGUAACGCUCCUAUUUCUUUCACACUAGCAGCGACGAGAGACAAGGUCACGUGGGUUGUGCCCGAUUCAGCUACACCACAGUUUGCAUACACUAUCAUUGUUGACGGCAAAGAAGUAGCGAGUGAUGUUGAUCCCGAAAUGAGGUCACGUGACAUCACAAUUCCUGGAAAAGAGGUCGAGGUCAUCCUUGAGGACAUUCUCGGAAGGAAAACAUCCUCGAAGGCUUCUGUGAAGGAAAGGUCCUCUUCAGAUGACUCGUAGUAACCCUUGUCACAGUUUAGGCCCACGGAGAAUUAGUUUCUGGUAGAAGUAAAAAUAUUUCAGAUUUUCAGUGGAGACAGGACAGUUCAGUUGAUAACAUCCGAUUCCUUUGAAUGAAACAUUUCACCGUACGCUGACGUGCUGACGAAUAGACUGUUUUUUAAAAAUUAAUAUUUUACACGUGUUAAAUCUAAAUCUUUAUUCAGUACUUGUGUAGACCUACAGCCCAUGGUACAUUUGAGGGUCGACAGAAGACAGUAUGACCAAACGGUGAUUCAUUGCGUGAUGUACAACCAUGGCUGUAUUUCUAAUUAAAGAUUUUUCUCGGUUUGGCGUUAGAAUAUUGAACUCAGAUAACGUUAGAUGGACAUGGAACCUUUCUGGAAUACACUGCUGUCGAAUGUAACCAUAUGCGUUAUAAAUCAACAAGAAAAGAUAUUCGUCCUCCACAUACACGUGUUAUAGGUCUUCAUUCUCAGGAUGCUUCAGACAGGAACGUCUUAUUUAUGUUUCUUCAAAUUUAAAUAAAUACACUGGUUAGUUCCCGA